UCUGUCUCCGGCCCUCUAAAACCUGAAUAGCGGCGAAGGGAAGGGAUAUUUCUGAUCUGCGCUUUUUUAUAUGAAAUACACACUGUAAUUAUUAUUAACGGAUAAUAAAAGAACCGACACCGGAACACACCUGCUGGGGAUUGUGCGCCAGUUUUCUUCUAAGAUGAUUCACAGUUUGUUUCUGGUGAACUCCACGGGAGACAUCUUCCUGGAGAAGCACUGGAAGAGCGUAGUGAGCCGCUCGGUGUGCGAUUACUUUUUCGAGGCACAGGAACGAGCCAGCGAGCCGGAGAACGUUCCCCCGGUGAUCUCUACGCCGCACCACUACCUCAUCAACGUGCUCCGACAUCGCAUCUACUUCGUAGCCGUGAUCCAGAGCGAGGUUCCUCCUCUGUUCGUCAUCGAGUUCCUGCAUCGUGUCGUUGACACCUUUCAGGACUACUUUGGCGUGUGCACCGAGGCAGCCAUUAAAGACAACGUGGUGGUGGUGUACGAGCUGCUGGAGGAGAUGCUGGAUAACGGUUUCCCCCUGGCCACUGAGUCCAACAUCCUGAAAGAGCUGAUUAAACCUCCGACUAUCCUGCGCACCGUCGUCAACACCAUCACAGGAAGUACUAAUGUCGGAGAGCAGCUCCCCACAGGUCAGCUCUCGGUGGUGCCAUGGAGACGCACAGGAGUCAAAUACACCAAUAACGAGGCUUACUUCGAUGUGGUGGAAGAGAUCGAUGCCAUAAUCGACAAGUCAGGUUCUACAAUCACGGCAGAGAUUCAGGGUGUGAUCGAUGCAUGCGUGAAGCUGACAGGAAUGCCGGAUCUCACCUUGUCGUUUAUGAAUCCUCGGCUGUUGGACGACGUGAGUUUCCACCCAUGCGUCCGCUUUAAACGCUGGGAAGCCGAGCGAAUCCUGUCCUUCAUCCCUCCGGACGGAAACUUCCGGCUGCUCUCCUACCACGUCAGCUCUCAGAACCUGGUGGCCAUCCCAGUGUACGUCAAGCACAACAUCUCGUUUCGCGAGGGAAGCUCUCAGGGCCGUUUCGACCUGACGCUCGGCCCCAAACAGACCAUGGGGAAAGCCGUGGAGUCGGUGCUGGUGAGCAGUCAGCUCCCGCGCAGCGUCCUCAACGCCAGCCUUAACUCUUCACAGGGAACCUACACCUUCGACCCCGUCACCAAGCUCUUGACAUGGGAUGUGGGGAAGAUCAACCCACAGAAGCUGCCCAGUCUAAAGGGCACCAUGUGUCUGCAGGCCGGAGCCUCCAAACCGGACGAGAAUCCAACCAUCAACAUCCAGUUUAAGAUCCAGCAGAUGGCCAUCUCAGGCCUGAAGGUAAAUCGGUUGGACAUGUACGGCGAGAAAUACAAACCGUUCAAAGGCAUCAAGUACAUGACCAAGGCGGGAAAAUUCCAGGUGCGGACCUAGAGGCCGAUCUUAACUCCAGCAGCUUCCAGCCGUCUCCAAUGACAGCGUGCACCCAGUGGGACAUUACAGUGUGUGUGUGUGUGUGUGUGUGUGUGUGUGUGUGUGUGUGUUCGGGGGUGGAAUGAAUGGGGGCAUAGAAAUGCAGAAUAUGAUUACGGGGGUUGAUUUGAAGAAGAUUUUUCAUGAUUUAAAUGAUAAUGAUAUGUAAAUGCUAUUGUAUUAACAUUGUUCAGGUGAAAGUAUUCCUUGGAGUAAACCACUGUACGCUCGUUCGGGUGACGAAGGAAGUGUGUAUGUCGUGUUUAUAAAGUCUGAAGAACACACCGAUCUUCCUAGUGUGUUCUUAACCCUGCUCUCUUGUCCAGGGGUUAGCACUCGCAGCUUUCAUUUCUAAAGAAAAUCCAACAAAUUUGUCCCCGUCCUUAUAAUUCCUACGAAUUUUGCAUCGUGUCUCUUGAAGACGUCGUGCUUUUCUUUUUUCACGUCUUCGUCCUGUUUAUUUAUUUAUAUUUUUCUUGUUCAGUUUAUGUCCUGGAAUUGUCUAUUUAUUUGAAGCCUCAAUUGUUGAGCUCAAAGAUGUUAGCAGUAGAUUUUAGUCCAGAUGCGGUAAGAAAACCUACAUGGAAGCUACAACACAAUACAUACAUGGCUACCAUUGAUUGGUACCUCCACCAGUAACUCAACCAGUACAUCCACCAGUAAUUCCACCAGUAACUCCACCAGUACUUCCACCAGUAACUCCACCAGUACCUCCACCAGUACCUCCAACAGUAACUCCACCAGUAACUCCACCAGUAACUCAACCAGUACAUCCACCAGUACCUCCAACAGUAACUCCACCAGUAACUCCAGCAGUACAUCCACCAGUAAAUCCACCAGUAACUCCAGCAGUACAUCCACCAGUACAUCCACCAGUACAUCCACCAGUAACUCCACCAGUACCUCCAUCAGUAACUUCACCAGUACCUCCACCAUCAUACACUUAGCUAUCCAUUUUACUAAUGGCUUCACCCCUAUGAUGACCGAGACCACAACAGUGCUGUUUCCUGAACCACUUUAUACCCCAGCGUUAUUACAGUUCACAAGAACAUCUGGACAGAGUUCUCUCUCUCUCUUUCUCUCUCUCUCUCUCUCUCUCUCUCUCUCUCUCUCACACACACACACACACACACACACACACACACAUUGUGGAUCAGGAAUGUGUUUUAUAGGUAUAUAAUAUAUAUAAUAUAUAUCAGAGGGGACUCUACAACCACUAUUUUACUGAUUGGUGAUCACUGAGGAAGUUUACUGAGGCACCAAGGACCAAUUAAAUACUCUGAUGGUUGUUGUUCACUGGAUUUUUUUGUUUGCUGUGUUUGUUUGCUGUGUUUUUUGUUUGUUUGUUUUUCUUUCCUGGCUUUGCAGUGAUGCAAAAUAAAAGACCAAACUUUAAA